AUGCAAAGCACCAGCAGUAGCAGUGGCAGUAGCAGAGCCCAAACUGAGCAGAGAGCAGAAUCACGUUUAUUCCUCACAAUCAUCGUCGGUAUCAACAGUAAAACCUUUCCCUAUAAGGACUACCAAGUAACUCAAGAAACGUCAUACGAAGGCGAUGUUAAAAACUUUACUCAGGCUCUCAACAAAACAGUGGGUAAAGUCACAACCAUCGACCGGACUGUUGAGCUCACAAAUAAUAUGACCAACCGAAAAAUAUCUACAGAUCAUUCCAUUACAACCACAAACGACAGCGUCGUUACAUUUGAUCGUACUUUGGAACAAUUUGAUACUGAUAGUAAUCUCGCUCUGCAUGAUCAUUUCUUCAAUACUUCAAAUGGUGACACAGUAACUACUGGCAGGAAUUGCACAAAAUGGAGUAGUGACGAUAAAAAUAUCGAAUAUGUAGAAGAUACUGAUGGGAAAAACCGUGAUCGGACCAUUCACUUUACCACCGAACGUUUAAGAGAAAAAGGCAAUAUUAAUAUUAAUCGCGCUUGUUUAGUUCACAAAAAAAACGGCUUGAAAGAAAUUUAUGCCAAUACUACCGUGUACAGGGAUGGGAAACUAGGCUCAGUUGAUAAUUCGGUUGCAUUUAUCAACAAUAGUGAGUAUGUUGUUGAUUACAGUAUAACAAAUUUUUUUCCCGAUCGAAGUGAUAUUGAACAUCACGUAGCAACUUUUCACGUCAGUAAGCUUACAACACUUGAUACAAAUAUUAUAAACAUCUAUGUAUCGACAAAUUACACAUCAAAUUCUAGUUUUAUUGUGAUACUAGAUGAUGAAGGUGGGAAAAAUGUAACCUACAUCAAUAAAGAAGUUUAUCCCGAUGGCAAAGAGGUUUUCCAAUCAAGAAAUGCUAAACUUGACGUUAGUAAUAAAUGUUAUUCUGAUGAUGAUACUUGUGAAUCAAAAGAUAUAAUAGAUUAUAUGCGAGUUAACGGUAAUUAUUUUAUUAACAAAGCCAUCGAUCGGUUUAACGAAUUAGGAACGAUCGAAGAAAAAGCAAAGAAGGAAUCUCAGGAUCUUAUGGAUAAAAAAUAUAAAUGUUCUAAAUAA